AUGAUGAUUAGCGCAUAACCAGAGUGACACGUUGAAUUCGCCAUAAUCAAGGAAACCUUUUCCGGGUGGGGAUCUCUGAAAUCACUCAGUGAGCAACCCUAAUUAACCUGAUUUUUUGCUGAUAAUCACUCUCAAUGGAAUCAAAUCACAAAUCCGGGGAUGGAUUGAGCGGCAGCCAGAAGGAAGCAGCCCUUCGCGCACUGGUCCAGCGCACAGGAUAUAGCUUGGUCCAGGAAAAUGGACAAAGAAAAUACGGUGGCCCCCCCCCUGGCUGGGAUGCUGCACCCCCAGAAAGGGGCUGUGAAAUUUUUAUUGGAAAACUUCCCCGAGAUCUUUUUGAGGAUGAACUUAUACCAUUAUGUGAAAAGAUUGGUAAAAUUUAUGAAAUGAGAAUGAUGAUGGAUUUCAAUGGCAACAAUAGAGGGUAUGCCUUUGUAACAUUCUCAAAUAAACAAGAAGCCAAGAAUGCAAUCAAGCAACUUAAUAAUUAUGAAAUCAGAAAUGGGCGUCUCUUAGGGGUUUGUGCCAGUGUGGAUAACUGCCGAUUAUUUGUUGGGGGAAUUCCAAAAACCAAAAAGAGGGAAGAAAUCUUAUCAGAGAUGAAGAAGGUAACCGAAGGCGUUGUCGAUGUCAUUGUCUACCCGAGUGCUGCAGAUAAAACCAAAAACCGAGGCUUCGCCUUCGUGGAAUACCAGAGCCAUCGGGCAGCUGCCAUGGCCCGGAGGAAGCUGCUGCCAGGAAGGAUCCAACUAUGGGGACACCCUAUUGCAGUAGACUGGGCAGAGCCAGAAGUAGAAGUUGAUGAAGACACAAUGUCUUCGGUGAAAAUCCUAUAUGUAAGAAACCUAAUGCUGUCUACCUCUGAAGAAAUGAUUGAAAAAGAAUUCAACAAUAUUAAACCAGGUGCUGUGGAGAGGGUGAAGAAAAUCCGGGACUAUGCUUUUGUGCACUUCAGUAACCGAGAAGACGCAAUUGAGGCUAUGAAAGCUUUAAAUGGGAAGGUGCUGGAUGGUUCCCCCAUUGAAGUGACCCUAGCCAAACCAGUGGACAAAGACAGUUAUGUUAGAUAUACCCGAGGCACAGGUGGAAGGGGUACCAUGCUGCAAGGAGAGUACACCUACUCUUUAGGCCAUGUUUAUGACCCUACCACAGCCUACCUCGGAGCCCCUGUCUUCUAUGCACCCCAGGCCUAUACAAUUCCCAGCCUUCAUUUCCCAGCCACCAAAGGGCAUCUUGGCAAUAGGGCCAUUAUCCGAGCCCCUUCUGUAAGAGACAUUUACAUGAAUGUACCUGUAGGGGCUGCGGGAGUGAGAGGACUGGGCGGCCGUGGCUAUUUGGCAUACACAGGCCUGGGCCGUGGAUAUCAGGUCAAAGGAGACAAGAAAGAAGACAAACUCUAUGAUCUUUUACCCGGGAUGGAACUCACCCCCAUGAAUCCUGUUACCUUAAAACCCCAAGGAAUUAAACUUGCUCCCCAGAUAUUAGAAGAAAUCUGUCAGAAAAAUAACUGGGGACAGCCAGUAUAUCAGCUACACUCUGCCAUCGGACAAGAUCAAAGACAACUCUUCCUAUACAAAAUAACCAUUCCUGCCCUGGCCAGCCAGAAUCCUGCCAUCCACCCCUUCACACCUCCGAAGCUAAGUGCCUAUGUGGAUGAAGCAAAGACAUACGCAGCCGAGUAUACCCUGCAGACCCUGGGCAUUCCCACUGAUGGAGCCACCGCUCCAGCUGCAGUGGCUACUGCCGCUUCUGCUACUGCUUUUCCAGGAUAUGCUGUCCCUAACGCUGCCGCACCCGUGUCCGCAGCCCAGCUCAAGCAAGCAGUGACCCUCGGACAAGACUUAGCAGCAUACGCAACAUAUGAGGUCUACCCCACUUUUGCAAUGACUGCCCGAGGGGAUGGAUAUGGAGCCUUCUGAAGAUAUCUUUUUUUAUUUUAAAAGUAAGACACAAAACUCUAUAUAGAAAAAACAAACCUCUAACUCAGUCCCCUCGUGAUCACACAUAAUACUUUUCCUCACGUGAUGCCUUUGAUGAGACUGUAUGGCUUAUACUAACUGUAGAAUCAUGACAAGAGAACAUUGUUCCUAAUUCAAUCAACUGUUAAGGAGCCUUUUCUCUACAGAAAGGAGCCACUGACCUGAAAAGUUGUUCUUCCAAGGUUGCUGAGUGUCUUGGGAAUGUAUUUACAAACCCUGACAGAGUGGAGGGAGGUCUCUUAGCCAACACGAGUUCGAGGGCAGAGCAGACUUCAGCAGUCAGUAACAACAAAGAGCCAAGUAAGUUCCAGAGUGUUAACUCUGGCUUGCAGCUGCAGAGGAAGGUGAGAGGGUGCUUUUCAAACAGGUUCCCCAUCACCAUGGGGCAGGUUCACAGCCUGGAGCUUAGGAAAGACUGUCUGAGGUUUGAUGAAGUCAGCAUCACUGCAGUUGGAAAACUCCAUCCAGUCAGUUUGUCACAGGUCAGGAUCUCCUGUCCCCUGCAAUCCCAGGGGACUUCCUGCAAAUUGAUGUGGUAUCUUGCAGGCACGGUUAAUGCAAUCUAGGCCUAUUGUUUAUUCAACUCAUUAGCCCACUUCUUUUUCCCUAGAAGUCCUUCCCUUCCCAAGGAUCCCUACAAAACAAUAAUCAUUCCAAUUUGAAAUGACAUUUUCUCAUAUUAAGCAUUUGACAUGUCCAUAUAGAUUUAUUUUCAUUUCAGUCUCACUUUGCUCCUCUCUAAUAUCUUUAAAAAGCAAAUCACAUGUACAGGCUAUCCCCUAUGAUACUUCUGGGUAUUCAGCAAAUUAGCUGAAAUGUCAUUUGAAACAAAGAGAGAAGUGAAGAUUUACUCUUGCAUCUUUGGUCUUUUUGCAAUACCCAGACUACCAUCCAGCAUUCAGAGAAAGUCAUGUUAACUUGGUUCAUCUUUGGACUAUCUAACCUGCUUAUAUCAAACCUGCCAAGAAAUCUUCUACCUUCCCUUCGUUUUACUUCCCAUAAGUACCAGACAGCUUCAGCAUACCUGAGUGCUUUGGCCUUGGAGCCCUCACAGGAAAACCUUACCACCGUUACUUUUGAUUAGAAGCUGAUUCUUCAGACACUCAGCAAGGACGUUAUUUACCAAAAGCCCCUCAACUUGGGGUCCUCUUCUCCAGGAACACCUGACAGGGGUAAGGGUGCUACAGAACUUGGAAUGGAGGGGAGUAAAAGGCACUAUACUUGCUUGCCAUACUUGCACAUGAUUGCUUUUUGUUCAAAACAGAAAUAAUCAAAUUCUGACAACCAAAUACCUGUUACUACUGCACAAGUCUCAUUAGCGGUUUAAGACACAGCAUUACCACAAUUUCCCUUUUUAAAAAAUCCCUUUGCCCUUGUGAAAGUCUACAGGACUGAAGGGAAAACUUAAGUACAAAGGCAUUAAAAGUGUGAAAACUCUUCAGUGUAAUGCUGUGAACCAAAAUCAAGCCAGAUUCCAAUCAACAUCAGACAGAUUCCAAUAACAAAACCCCCAUCACCUUUCAGUUUCACUAACUCAAAUCAGACAUGAAAGGCCUCAGUGCUGGAGCUGAAACUCCGACCGGCCUUGUGCUUUCAGUUUUGUGUUUUCCUUCUCAGAUUCCCUGGGACAGUGUUUCCCAAACCUGACUGCACAUUAGAAACACCUGGAGAUCUUUCCUUCCCAAGAUCACGCCUUACACCAAUUACAUCGGAAUGUUCGUAUUCUGGGUGUCAGUAUUUUUUAAAGACCCUUAGCUGAUUCCAACGUGCAGCUAAAUUUGGGAAAUGCUAUAUUCUUUGUAUUUUCACUCUAUCAUUAAUUUUUCCUUUCUAUUUGACUUUUUUAAAAUAGAAGAAUGCAAAAAAAUAUUUGUCUAAGUUAAAACAAAUAGCCAAAUCACAUUUUUACAUACAUUCAUCUUAUUGAAAUAUCAAUUUGAAUAUAAUUCACAUUGGCUUCAAACUAAUUCUAAAAAUGAGAAAGUGAGAAAUUCCUCCUUAAGCAAUUCAUAGGUCCAAAUUUACACUUCCCCACAGACCAGCUUUCAUACUCAGCAAGAAUGAUUACACUGGGGAGCCCAUAAAUUCCUACUCAGUCCCCCAAACAUUCCAAAUUCCAAGAGUAAAAGUUUUAAUGCUCUUUAAAGUCUUUAAAAGUAAAUGGAAAAGGCAGUCUCUAUGUCUAACCAAUGCAGAAUGGAAGGUUUCAUCCCGAUGAAGUUUCAAUUUAAUCAAAUGAACAAUUAGUAAAUAUCAGAAUCUCUUUAUGCUGAAAAUCAUUAUUCCAGACUAAAUCAUAAUCACCUUUUGAAAGCAUUAAGAGCAAAGACUUAAGCUUACCAUCAUGCAAAGGGAUCGAGAAAAUCACCACUGGAACCCCAUCUCGUUACUUGCUCGAGGGGAAACACAAGCAUUCACUACAUUUACAUCCUGAGGAAUGAUUUCAUUCAAGUGAGUAGAUGUGGUUUUACUUUUUGCUGAAAUGUGACUUCAUUCCAGUAAAAUUUAGAGAAUACUUGGAAAUCUACAAGAACACAUUCAGAGAAUGUGUCUAGCGUGUCACAUGUUUGCAUCACGUUGCCCAAGGUAAUCGUUGUAGAAUGAGUCCUGCUGUAAUGGGUUUGAAACGUUAACAAACAGGAUUUGAAAAGCAAGCGCAGAACCAAAGUUUACCUUGCAUGAUGGCCAUAUAUUUUGGACUUCAGAAAUUAGCACCAAUGUGGUACCUAUCGUACUUUGUGUAAUGGAUCACUAUCCAUUUUUUAGUUUUUCUUAGUUUAUUGCUUCCUAGAAAAAAUUCACCACAGAAAAAAGUUAAAAUGGGUCAACGAACCAAGCAAUAAUAACAAAAUAUUUAGCCAACCAUUUAGAAACAGCUAGUAAAUUAGAACAAGGUUUCUAAAUUUUGGUACUUAACAGCUCACUGAGGAUUAAAAUCAACAAAUAUCACUGAGGAGGAAAUGGAACAGCAGUGAGAGUAGAUAUCGGUUUUCUCACCUGUAAAAAUGCUGCCCCUUCCCAAGUUGCUGUACUUCUCCACCACCCCAUUAGUAUAGCAGAAGACUACCUUUAACUGCAGCAAGUUGCAGUUCUCCUGGGUACUAGUGUUGCCCUCCCACCCCUGCCCACAGUGACAGCACCUAAAAUGCUGCUAGAAAGCUACCUCAUGUUAAGAUAAUGUGGAAUUCAAAAAUAUUUAACAACAGAGGACUUAUUUCCAAAUCACAGUUCCUUCGCUUUCUGAUAAUGGAUGGAGAUUAACUGUAGUUAUGUAUUGAUGAUUGCUGUAUAGGAAAGUAGUUUUAGUUUGCCUUAAGUGCUUUUUUGUUAAAUACAUUCUUUCAAUUACAUAGAUUAGCUUUUUACAAAUAUUGUUUCAAUAUAAUUUUCAAUUUAUGUUCAUUUUCCCUUUAUUUUUAAAGGACUAUUUUCUAGUUCUGUCUUGGACAACUGGGUCAUGAUUUAAAUCCAUGGGGACAGGGAAAUUCUUCAGGGCAACUUUUGCAGAAUAAGGGUCAAUAAGGAAAGUUAGUAUUUUGAAUAGUAUUUACAUUCAAAGCUACAAAGAUGGAUAAAAUUUAUUACUGUUGUACAACUCCAGUCCUAUCCAAGAUUUUCCAACAGUAACUUAUAACUAAAAGUGAAAAUAUGUCUUAGUAUUCACAUAAGGUCAUGGUCAUUUGUCCCCUCCUUGGACUCAUAUAAAAGUUCCCAGCAGGUGAAAAUGUACCUACAACUUAAACCAGAGACUUGGUAAUUUUUAUACUUUGUAGAUACAUUUGUUAAAGACAAAACUAAGUUUUGAAUACAAUACCAUGAGUGAUCUUUGCGUUAAAUACUUUUAAAAAAAUAUUACAACAGGUGAAAAAAUGGAGACAACUAUAACUGAAUAAAAAAAGAAAAUAUUAAGAGCAUAAUUUAAGAAUUUUAACAUAUGUAUUGGAAGACAGAGACAAUAGACCACAAACUUUGUUACCUGACAUGCAACAGUUAACUCUUGGGCUUUAUUAAACUGAUUGUCAAAUUUGCUGUUGAAAUUUUACUCUACACUAGUGACAUCUUGAAAAUGCUCUGAGUUUUAUGGAAUGUAUCCAUAGAAAAUACUAUGUAUCCACCAGGUUAUAACUUUGUAUUUACCAGUGUCAGAACAAAGCACAGCAAGUCCUACUAUAAUAUUAGGAAAAUGAUAUUUUUUCUGAACCCAUAGCCUAUCUGUUUACUUAUGGAGUAAAACAUUUUUAUAUGUAUUAUUCAAUAAAAAAUAGGUGUAAAAUA